AUGGCCAUGGAGCUCUUCUCAGAAAGCCCAAGAAUCUCAUUCUCUCAUGACCUCUCGCAAUUCGAAAUCGUCCCCAUCGAACAACGCCACCCAUAUCGAUCAAACUCACCAUCAAACAGUAUUGACUUCGAUUUCCGCGUUCGAAGAAGCUCUGACCAUGAAUACAAUAAGCUCGACAAUGGCGAAGAAGCAGAACAGAACAAGGCAAGCAAUUCGAAGUCAUUUUGGAAAUUCAAGAAGAGCAGAAGUGUGAACUGUGGAAGUGGCUAUGGAAGGGGUUUCUGUCCACUGCCACUUCUAUCGAGAAGCAAUUCAACUGGGUCUGCACCGAAUUCCGUGAAGAGACCUCCAUUGAUCUCCAAAGAUGCCCAAAAACAGAGCACACAAAGAAAUUCUUCAUCUUCUUUUUCUUCUCCAAUUAUUUCAUCACAGAAACCACCAUUGAGGAAGAGUAGUUAUGUUAGUUCUUAUGGAAAUAACGGUGUUCGUGUUAAUCCAGUUCUGAAUGUUUCUUCGGGGAAUCUGUUUGGGUUAGGUUCAAUGUUCUUCCAUGGAAGCAAAGAGAAGAGCAAGAAGAAGUGA